AUGAAAAGUGGUGAUGUUUUAAAAACGAUGGUUUUAUUGCCAAAGUUAAAAAACGUGAGGUGUCACGCCUUCGAAGCGGUUUUGGUCUUGUUGAAGUCCGAAGAGCAAACGUUGCAUUUCAAUUUGAUUUUUGAAAACGCUGAUGAUUUUGAAAGUGCAGGUAUCUUGUUUGACAGUCGAGCUGAUAUUAUUUCUCUUGACAUAAGAGGUGUUGUCAAUGAUACUUUUGUUAAUUUUUUACACGAGUUUUUACAAAAUUCAAAUUUGAAAAAAUGUGCACUUUCGUACGCAAUUUUUGUGAGUCUUAUUGCAAAGGGAACAAAUGUUCUCGAUGUUGUGAGAUGUGACUGGAGACUUCGAGGCACGAUGGACCAAAAAAUGUUUUCUUUGAUAUGUAAAACUGUUAUGGAAGCUACUAACACAAACUUUAUUUUAGAGGUCGAUUCAAUGAAACAAAAUUUGCUUGAUAAACUCGUUACCACGUUACCCAAGACCAGGUUUAUAACACACUCUCUUAACAAACAAAACGCAAAGUAUAUUUUGACAAAAACCAUCUUUUAUGACACAUUUACAUACAAACUCAAAGAAGACAAAUUGUCUUGUCUUUCUUCAAAAAUAAAAAAUGAAAUUAAGAAUUUGUAUCUUCCAGUAUACUUCGACUAA